GGCGUUUGGUGUGAACACAGCCUUAGUUUUUAAUAUCUUCCUUGUUAUAAGCAGGAAGCGAUCAAGGAAAUCAUGCUAGGAAAUACAAGAUCUGGAAUAUCGUAUCAACUGUGAGAUAUGUUUUAUUGAGGUCACAUCGUUAAUAUUUUUAGUUACAUUUACGACCGCUGAUAUGAAUACUGUAUGACUUCCUAUCCCGAAGAUGUGAAAGAAGAAAUGCUGAGUCUGUAAACUUGCAUUAUCUAACAGAAAGGACAGGUCUCCAUCCACUUGUUAUAGGUCUUGCCAAAGCAGUUUCAAGGGACAUUUAUAACCAAACAGCAGAAAUGGAAGUAGAAAGCAUAUCAACGCAUGAAAGUGAUACCGGAAGUGAGAGGGAACAUGUCGUGUUCAUAGUACAGUUUAAAGAUUUAGCCGAAAAUGAAAAAGUUGUUGCAAAAUAUGACAAGCAGCAGCUACCAUCUACAAGUAUUUUAAGUGUCAGUCAUAUUUGUACUGCCUUACCAUAUCAUAUAGUUUUUGACGAGGACUUACAAAUUAAACAAUAUGGAAACAUGAUAUCAAAACUACUUCAGACUUAUCUACCACCGAACACAUGUAUGACGUCAAUAUUUUCUAUUAUGCAUCCACCAAUGAAAUUCCUAGUAGAAAAUAUAAGGAUGUUUAGUAAUAGUGUUUUCUAUCUGUCUCUGAAGAAAACAGACAGAACAGAUAAUCCGCUUAUUUUACGAGGUGAAAUGAUGUGGUUAGCUGAAAUUAAGCAUAUGAUUUAUAUUUGCUCACCAAGACUAACAAGCCUAUCUGAACUGACGAAAUUAAACAUGUACUUAUCGGACAUUCCUUUAUAUGAUGUUACAAGGGAGCUUAUUCUACUUAAUCAACAAAGAAUUGCUGAGAUUGAUAUAGCUAAAAAGUUAGAUGAAACAACAGUUGAACUAAAGAAAACGUCACGUCUUCUGGAAGAAGAAAAGCAAAGAACUGAUGCAUUAUUGUACCAAAUGCUCCCACAGAAAGUGGCAAAUGACUUAAAAAAUGGAAUAACAAUAGCAGCAGAGAAAUUUGAGGUAGUGACUAUUCUCUUCAGUGAUAUAGUUACCUUUACCAACAUAGCCUCUGAGUGUUCUCCUAUGGAAGUUGUAACCAUGUUGAACAAUCUCUAUGCGAAGUUUGAUGAGAAAACCAAUGAACACGAUGUGUAUAAGGUUGAAACAAUAGGUGAUGCGUAUAUGAUAGUCAAUGGAUGUCCCGAAAUCAAAGAGAUUCACGUGCAAGCUGUGGCAAAUUUUGCUAUGGAUAUGGUAGAGGAGGCGGCUAAAGUAAAGUCUCCAGCUACAGGAUUAUCACUUCAAAUAAGAGUAGGAUUUCAUAGCGGUCCAGUUGUGGCGGGUGUGGUCGGUGUUAAGAUGCCUAGGUAUUGUCUGUUUGGAGAUACUGUUAACACUGCAUCAAGGAUGGAAAGUCACGGCGUUCCUGGACGUAUACAUGUUAGUCCUCUCGCUUACAGUUUGCUUAUAAAUGAGGACUACAUAUUCAGAGACCGCGGAAGGAUAGAGGUGAAAGGUAAAGGUCUGUUAAAUACGUACUUUCUGAUUGGUCGACACGAUGAUUUUAUGGAAGAACCUGCUGAUACGUAUUGUUCCCUACCAGUUAUUGGAAAGGAUGGAGUUGAGAUCCAGGUGAUAGAAGAAGAAGAGCUUACAAAAAGACACGAUUCUGGCCAAGAUGUUACAAUUCUAGUUGACGUUGCAGAAACGAGUGCAGAAAAAAAUAACUUUAAUAAAAAAUAUGGAAAAACAAGGACUAUCAGUGAAACAUGUACUGUUCUUUGAGACAUUAUUCGAUGUUAA